CCGCCUCCCAUUGGCUGGUCCGAGUUGCGUUCCUCCGGCGGCCAUGUUUGUUUAUAUCUCAGGAAAUCAACAAUGUCCAGCUCCGUGCAGUCCUCCACCUCAAAUCCAUCCACCUUGCUGCCCCUAGAGCUUGUGGACAAAUGUAUUGGCUCUCGGAUACACAUCAUCAUGAAGAACGACAAAGAAAUUGUUGGAACCUUGCUGGGCUUUGAUGAUUUCGUCAACAUGAUGUUGGAGGAUGUCACUGAGUAUGAAUCAACGCCUGAAGGUCGGAGAAUCACUCGGCUUGACCAGAUUCUACUCAAUGGAAAUAAUAUAACUAUGCUUGUUCCUGGCGGCGAGAUGCCCGAUUCGUAGUGUGGCAGGCUCCAUUCCGGCUCUUCAUUCAUUUAUAAGUAUUUUUUAAGGAUUUGGCGUAAAAUUUACGCUGGCUUAUUUUUAAAAAUAAAAAAUUUGGUCAUACCUUAGAA